AUGGCACAAAAAGCAGCUUCUAAGAGAAGUAAGCGAAACUCACAUGACUCGAGUGCAAAAACCAUAAAGCAAAAGCUGCCUACCGAGUUUAUCGUGAGACCUCACGAAGAUACAGAUGAUGCAAAAGCAGUGGCGAAUAUUUACGUUUCACCCCUAAUAAUAGAAAUUUCAGAGUGGAAAGUUGGAGAAUUUGUUCGGAUCUCAAAAGGCUUGGUAAGCUUUGUUGCUGUUUUGUCAACCUGGGAUGAAGAUAAAGAGUCACAAUACGGAUUGAAUGUUGUUUUGCUAUCGCCGUACUAUUUAAAACUGGCAGGCUUUUUAUUAGGAGACAGGGUCAGUCUUUCCAGCACUAAAGAGCAACCUGCAUAUGCGGAUAGCGUGACUGUUGAGUAUUUGUCAUCAUCUGUCAAAGAAAGUGACGUUUUUAAGCAGUUGUGUGACAUCGGUCUUCUUUAUAAAGGAUUUACUACAGCAAGCCUGAAAGUGAUAGAUAUUGGCGAACAAGUCGAGCUUCAACUUUCAAAACUUUCAUUAGAUGAUAGAGGAAAUAUGGGAGAGAGUCAGGAGUCGAUGCUACGGCCAUAUUUAUUCCAUCCAACGGCAACUAGCGUUCAGGCAGUGCCGAAAAACGGAAUACAGCCUGUGAGGCUAAAAUUCAGCUAUGAGGAUAUAGGGGGACUCAAGAAGGAGAUAUCAGGAUUGAAAAAGAACAUCUUCUUGCCGCUGAAUUGCCCCAAUGUCUUCAAAGAGUUUGGAAUUCAGCCUCCGAGAGGAAUUUUGCUUUAUGGACCAUCUGGUACCGGAAAGUCGCUUUUGCUUAAGACGAUUGCGUAUGAGAGCUCUGGUUGCCACAUCAUCAGAAUAAAUGGACCGUCAAUUGUGUCCAAAUACCUUGGUGGAACAGAGGAGACACUUCGAGGAUUCUUUAAAGAGGCAGUGAAGUAUUCACCGGCAAUAAUUCUGAUCGAUGAGAUUGACUCUUUGGUCCCAAGCAGAAGUAAUGAUGAUACAACAGAGGUUGAUUCGCGUGUUGUAGCCACGAUGCUUACAUUGAUGGAUGGCUUGGAGGGACCAAUCAUCGUUAUUGGUGCCACAAACAGGCCAGGAUCCAUUGAUUCGAGUUUAAGAAGGCCAGGAAGAUUUGAUCAAGAGCUGGAAAUCCCAAUCCCAGAUGCAGAUGGCCGGUAUGACAUCCUGGUAAAGCAGAUUUCGAGGAUGCAGGGACGAUCGACGCUGACAGACGACGAAAUCAGAGCCGUUGCCAACAAAACGCAUGGAUAUGUUGGUGCGGAUCUUGUAUCACUUACGCGUGAGGCCGUGAUGAUGUGCAUAAAGGGUAAUUUGGGACAGUUUAACGGUGCAGAUUUGUCGGAAGAUGCUUUUAAGAGUGUAAAACUCGGAUAUGAUGAGCUUUUGGAUGCUCUAAAGGAGAUCCGGCCUAGUGCAAUGCGAGAAAUCGUCUUGGAAAUGCCAAAAGUCAGAUGGAGCGAUAUCGGAGGACAGGAAGUGCUCAAACGGAAAUUGAAGGAGAUGGUCCAACUUCCACUAACUUCAGCAGACACGUUUAAGCGUCUAGGAAUCAGUGCUCCCAAAGGUUUGCUCCUAUAUGGUCCACCUGGAUGUUCAAAAACCAUGACUGCAAAAGCUCUUGCAACUGAAUCCGGUCUUAACUUCAUUGCCAUCAAGGGACCCGAGAUUUUCAACAAAUACGUCGGUGAAUCCGAAAAGAAGAUUCGUGAGAUUUUCCGCAAAGCCCGCCUGGCUGCUCCUUCAAUCAUCUUCAUAGAUGAGAUCGAUGCUCUAGCCACGAGCCGUGAGUCAGCUGACUCUGGUCACGUGACCAAGCAGGUGCUCAACACGUUAUUGAACGAGAUUGACGGUGUUGAGGAGCUCAGAGGUGUCAUAAUAGUGGGUGCUACUAACCGGCCGGAUGCUAUUGACCCGGCAUUACUCAGACCCGGCAGAUUGGACCGUCAUGUUUACGUUUCUCCGCCAGACUCGGAUGCCAGAAUGCAAAUAUUUGACAAGAACACCUCCAAGUUUAAUCUUGAGGACAAGGAUGCCCUUUUAACAAAACUUGUUGGUAUGACGGAUGGAUUCUCUGGAUCUGAAUGUGUUCUAUUGUGUCAGGAAGCCGGUCUGAAUGCAAUAAUGAAUGAUAGCAACUGCAGAAAGGUCGGUGAGUCAAACUUCUUGGCUGCAAUUAACGAUAUCAGCAAAAACAUCACUCCUGAAAUGAUCCAAUAUUAUAAGGAGUUUGCCCAGAAGUACAGAGCAUGCACCGUGUAG